AUGGAUCAGUUUAUGCUUCAAGAUGAGGGCGUUAUUGACCGCAUUCGCCAAGCGGAGGAGUUUCUGGAUCCCAGCGAUCCUCAUGCGCGAAGCUACAGAUCAGACAUUAUUCUCAUGCUGCAGAAGAAUCAGCGGCGCUUGACUGUCAACCUCGACCACGUCCGAGAUCACAACGAGAACCUCGCAAAAGGCAUCCUCGAGCAACCCUUCGACUACACGCUGGCCUUCAAUCAUGCAUUGAAGCAGAUUAUUGGUGCAUUACAACCAUCGCAGGCCCGACCCGAUCAGCAAGCCGCCGAUACCGUCUACUACUGUGCUUGGGCGGGCAGCUUUGGACUGAACGCUUGCAACCCCCGCACACUCUCGUCUCAAAACCUCAAUUGCAUGGUCUCGCUCGAAGGAAUCGUCACGCGAUGCUCCUUGAUCCGACCCAAAGUUGUCCGCAGUGUUCACUGGAAUGAGAAGAAGCAAAAAUUCCACUUUCGGGAGUAUCAAGACCAGACUAUGACGAAUGGCGUUACAACGUCAAGUGUCUAUCCUCGCGAAGACGACAACGGAAACCCACUGCUCACUGAAUAUGGCUUUUGUACCUAUCGUGAUCACCAGACCAUUUCCAUUCAGGAAAUGCCCGAGCGUGCGCCUGCUGGUCAGCUACCUCGUGGUGUUGACGUGAUUCUGGACGAUGACCUCGUGGAUAAGGUGAAGCCUGGUGACAGAGUUCAGCUUGUUGGAAUUUUCAGAACGCUGGGUAACCGGAAUACCAGUCACAACAGCGCCCUGUUCAAAGCCGUCAUUCUUGCCAACAACAUUGUGUUGCUCGCUUCCAAGUCUGGUGGUGGCGUCGCUCAGGCCACCAUUACCGAUACGGAUAUUCGAAACAUCAAUAAAAUUGCCAAAAAGAAGAACCUUCUUGAGCUUCUGUCACAGUCUUUGGCUCCCAGUAUAUACGGACAUGAUCACAUCAAGAAGGCAAUCCUCUUGAUGCUUCUCGGUGGUAUGGAGAAGAAUCUCGAAAACGGUACUCACUUGAGAGGUGAUAUCAAUAUUCUCAUGGUCGGUGACCCGUCUACAGCCAAAUCGCAACUCUUGCGUUUCGUUCUGAAUACCGCCCCUCUUGCUAUCGCUACCACCGGCCGUGGUUCGUCCGGUGUUGGUUUGACCGCUGCCGUCACAUCAGACAAGGAGACUGGCGAACGUCGUUUGGAAGCGGGAGCAAUGGUCAUGGCUGACCGUGGUGUCGUCUGUAUUGACGAAUUCGAUAAGAUGUCGGACAAUGAUCGUGUUGCUAUUCACGAAGUCAUGGAACAACAAACAGUCACGAUUGCGAAAGCCGGUAUUCACACCUCUCUGAAUGCUCGAUGCUCCGUCGUUGCUGCUGCCAACCCCAUCUACGGCCAGUACGACCCCCACAAGGAUCCUCACAAGAACAUUGCCCUGCCCGAUUCACUACUCUCCCGUUUCGACUUGCUGUUUGUCGUAACCGACGAUAUUGAGGAUACGCGUGAUCGUCAGGUUUCGGAGCAUGUCCUUCGUAUGCACAGGUAUCGUCAACCUGGAACAGAAGAGGGAGCACCCGUUCGAGAGCAGGCCUCUCAAUUCCUUGGCGUGUCUGCCGAUACACAAGCUGGGACGCAGCGUCCAACCGAGGUUUUUGAGAAGUUUGAUGCUAUGCUACACGCUGGUGUUACACACACUUCGGGUCGAGGCUCCAACAAGAAGCCUGAGAUUCUGAGCAUUUCUUUCAUGAAGAAGUAUAUACAGUACGCCAAGACUCGUAUCAAGCCCAUCUUGACUCAGGAGGCGUCCGACCGCAUCUCGGAAAUUUAUGUUGGUCUCCGAAACGACGGGAUGGAGGGUAAUCAGCGCCGUACCUCGCCUCUUACUGUGCGUACGCUUGAAACUCUCAUUCGUUUGGCUACUGCGCAUGCCAAGUCUCGUCUAUCAAACCGAGUGGAAGAACGCGAUGCAGCUGCUGCCGAGGCUAUCUUGCGUUUUGCGCUUUUCAAGGAAGUUGUUGUAGUGUCGCGAAAGAAACGCAGAAGAACCGCUACUGUCGACUUUGCUUCUUCAAGCGAGGACGAUUCCGACGAUGAUGACGAUGACGAUGACGAUGGUGCUGCUGACAGUGGCGCUAGACCGACGCCGAGUACUACACGCACAACACGUUCGCGCGGUGCGGCGUCCGGUGCGAACGUUGAGCACGGCAGCAAUGGCGUCCAUGACGAGGAGGAAGACGGGGGUGAAGGGGCAGAGGACGAAGCUGAAUCUUUGGCUACACGACGUUCAGGAAGAACCACUCGAUCGACCAAUGCUGCGUCUGAGUCACAGACGUCGUUUGGUUCUUCGAUGCCUGCCUCUCAACUGCCCAGCCAAACACAGGAAGAUCAAGAUCUGGCUAGUGGUGCUGCCUCUCUUGCUAUCGAUGAUAGCCCAAUUGCUGCUCCUCGUCUGGCUGCAUUCAGAACGGCUCUUGGUCAGCUUCUCAACACUCCGCUGUUUGAGGACGAUUCGGCUGGUCUCGAGGAUGUCAUUGGAGCUGUCAACCAAAAGAUUGGAAAUCGCAGCGGCGGUUCUUUUGAACGCGAAGAAGCUGUCAAGGCCCUCAAGAAGCUUGAGGAAGCCAACCACAUCAUGUUUGCGGAUGGUGAGCUUGUCUACAAGAUUUAA